AUGGCUCCUCGACUCAAAACUCGUGCCUCCUCAAACAAGACCCCAUCACGCAAUAGUUCCUGCAGUUCCUUCUCAUCCACUAAAGCAAUUAGCAAACUGCUGGCCGACCUAGGAACAUCUCCCCAACCCCCAAAACUAACCUCCCCCUCAAAGCCCCAAUCGCGCAGCCGUUCCCGCAGCGCCACCCCGACGCCUGCGAGCUACGCACAUGAAAUCGCGCCGCCGGUCAGGGAAGCCCCGAAACCCAUCGUGCUACCCAGACUGUCGUACAGCCAAUACAUCCAUCAGAUUCUGCUGUGCGAUACGAAAGACCCUGUGCACGUCAACAACGUCCUUACGUGGUGGAUGAUCUCCGAGGAGCUUGCGGCCGACAAGCACGGCGUCAUUCACAUAGAGGACUACAACGGGUCGUGGACGUUGAGGGAGCCGUGGUUGAGCGCUACUGUGCUGGUUUUCCUGCCGGAUUUCUUUACCGGUAGGGAUCUUCUCCUGAAACCCAACAUGCAGCUCUUGCGACCCGAUGCACUGAUGAUGAGAACAGACGGCACAGGCUUAUUCGGCUGGGGAGUUCCGACGGACGAAGGAGAAAUCGGCCUGGUGAAAGAUAUCGAAUGGCAGGUCCCAGGCAUGCAUAUCGACGAAUGUUACCUCCAGCUCCUCGAAGCGGGGAAGAUGGAUGAGCGGAAAUCGAUCAGCGUUGGCACUGAAGACCACUGGAGGAUCCAUGCGAUGGCGGAGAAGGAUGUCGUGAGGGUGUAUACGAUGUGGUGGGUCUUGGGUGCGCCAGUUAAGCCGGUUGGGUUUACCAAGAUGGAGGGGUUGUCGGGGGACUGGGACUAA